GGAAGCGCUGUGCCGAUGGCGGCGGCGGGGGGCGCGGCGCUGUGGCGGCGGCUGCAGGCCUGGCUGCCGCGGGGCCGCCUGGGGCUGACCGCCCUGCUCGGCCGCCUCUCCGACCGCCUGUCCCGGGGCCGCGACCGCCGCGCCCGCAGAUCAUCAUGGCUCCUCCUAGCCCCGUUGCUCACCCCUCCUGUUCCUGUCAUCACAGCCCCACCCUGUUCCCUUUGUCCAGAAGGAGCACACAGGUUCCAGUGGAUCAGGAAUCUGGUACCAGAGUUUGGGAUCUGCAGCUCGCAUGUCAAGGUGCUCUCAUCCCCAGCUGAAUUCUAUGAACUCCUGAAGGUGCAGAUUAAAACAGCCAAGCAGCGAGUGGUGAUGGCUUCACUGUACCUGGGAACGGGGCUCCUGGAGCAGGAGCUGGUGGAUUGCUUAGAAGAAACACUGGAGAAAUCACUGGAAGCAGAAGGAACACCCAGCCUCAGAGUUUCAAUUCUCCUCGACUACACAAGGGGAUCUCGGGGCCGGAAGAAUUCUCGGACGAUGCUGAUUCCACUGCUGCAGAGAUUCCCCCAGCAAGUCCGUGUGUCCCUCUUCCACACCCCAAACCUGCGUGGGCUUCUCAGGCUCCUGAUUCCAGAGCGUUUUAAUGAGACCAUUGGACUACAGCACAUCAAAGUCUAUCUCUUUGAUGAUGAUGUGAUCCUGAGUGGAGCAAACCUGAGUGAUUUGUACUUCACCAACCGCCAGGACCGCUAUGUUCUCCUGCAGGACUCUCCUGAGAUUGCAGACUUCUUCACCGAGCUGGUGGAUGCGAUUGGAGAUGUGUCUCUGCAACUACAGCAAGAUGAUACAGUCCAGAUGAUGGAGGGGAUGGUUCACCCCUACCAAGGAGACAAGAUGGCUUAUUGUGAGACAGCAAAUCAAAGAGUCAUGGAGGUGAUCAACUCUGCCAGGACACGUCAAGAACUUCUUCAUGCAAAGACUUUCCACAGCAGCCAGCAAGGCAGCUCCUUGUUACCCCAGGAAGACUCUCAAGCAUCUAGGGAGCUGAAGCCAGAACCUGACACCUGGAUCUAUCCCUUAAUCCAAAUGAAACCUUUUGGGAUUCAGAUAGAUGAGAUGGUCACAGAGACACUGCUGACAGAGGCUGAACGGGAUGCCAGGAUAUACCUUACCACUGGCUACUUCAACCUGACCCAGGCCUACAUGGACCUCAUCCUGGGCACCAGGGCUGAGUACCGCAUUCUCCUGGCCUCGCCGGAGGUCAAUGGGUUUUUUGGUGCCAAAGGGGUGGCAGGUGCCAUCCCUGCUGCCUAUGUUUACAUUGAGCACCAGUUUUUUAGUGAGGUCUGCUACCUUCACCAGCAGGAGAGGGUCAAGCUGCAGGAGUACUCUAGGGCUGGGUGGACUUUCCAUGCCAAAGGCCUCUGGCUGUACCUGGCAGGGAGUGACCUUCCCUGCCUGACUCUCAUUGGCUCUCCUAAUUUUGGAUAUCGAUCAGUUCAUCGUGACCUGGAAGCUCAGGUUGCCAUAGUGACAGAAAGCAGAGCUUUGCAGCAGCAGCUUCACCAGGAGCAGGAGCAGCUUUACCUCUGCUCAAGUGUAGUCUCAUCAUCAACAUUUGAGCAGCCAAAUCGUUAUGUGAAGCUGUGGGUGAAGCUGGUAACGCCUCUGAUCAAGAAUUUCUUUUGAAAGAAGAAAAGUUGCUGCUUUGGGUUGAAGGUCCAGACGUAGGUGGGACCUCGCAUCCGUGUCUUAUAGACAGGACAUUCAUAGACAUUCUUGGUGUCCAGGCGGUCCACGGGGAUGGCUCUGACGACGAUCACCGGCAUCGGGGGCGUCAGCUCCUUCAGCCGCGCGUCUGCGAUCACCCCCGAGGGGACAUCCCAGCGAGCACCUGCAGCAGGUUGAAGCUCUCAGGGUCCCAGCAGCUCUUCCCACAACUGCUGCUGGGUGGAAGGAGCUGCUCUGGAUGGAGCAUGAGGAUUGGGUGGCCAUGGCUUGCAGUCAUCAGGGCUAAGGUUAUCAUCUCACUGUGCCUCGUGGAUGUGUUUUUGCCUUACUGUGUGUGUGGGAUGUCCAAAUAAAUUCUCUCCUCACUCGUCCCUUCAGCACGGGCUUGCCUGACAGUUGCAUGGCUGAAGGCAGAGCUUGGCUGGGUGGGGACACAACCGCUGUCCUGUGUGCUCUGUCAGUGAUCCCUUUGGUGCUGCCAGCUCAUUCCACUCCACCCCCAAGAUUUAGCUGUUAAUUAUUUUAGGCUCUGAGCUUCCCGAUUUGUCUUACUCCCACAUCAAAUAAGGGUGUAAUAAAUUAAUUCACUAGAACCAUGUAGCUUCAGCCAGCCCAGUCCUUGGGUUCAUGAUACUCGUCUGAAUUUCCCGAAAACAGCUUCUGAUUUGUGCAGCUCUGCUGGUAGCCUGGAGGGUGCUGCCCUCCGCUGGCGCCCGGAGCUUGUGCACAGCUGCCGGGUUCAGACAAACGCCCCGGGCAAGGAUUGUUCAGGCUGAGCUGGACUUUCUCAGUGUCUGAGGCAUCUCUGAGAACAUGUGGUCUCUUACCUUCCAUGAAUAAUCCAUGCACAUAGGAUCCUUCUCUGGGUGGAGCUGUUAUUUCCUCACGGCUUUUCUUGGUCACUUCCACUGCCAGACACAUCUUGUCCAGUGGCCAUUCAUUUUUUCUGGCCAUGGACUGCAUGAUGGCUGUGAGGAAGGACUGGGGAUUGAAGAAUCCUGCCAGCCACACUGAGGCAGGCAGCACAAAGUCUGUUGUCCAGACAUCCAGUUCCUGGAAAGCAAAAAUAUCAAAGUACUUCAGAAGGAAGCAUGGCCUCUGAGCAGCACAAUCUGCUUCAUGAUGUGAUGUGACAAAGAGCUGAUGUUUUUCUGAGCUUAACAUGAGCAUCAGGUCAUCUUCCAGUGGGGGAGACUAGGAUGGAGGUGUUCUGGGAUGAGUAAACAGCAGAUUCCAUUGCAGCAAUGAAACCGAAACUGUUGAUUUUGGACUACAGGAAAUACUGCUAUUCUUUUUUUAACAAAGCCACAUGUAGUGUUUUGUUAAAUAAUUUUCUUCUGAGAUAUGUAAAGGUGGGAUGGGGUUAGCUAAUAUUAUUUUGAAAUAGUGAUCUGCUCUAAUGGUGAACCCUUUUCAAACUUCUGCUCUCAGUCUGGGGGUGAGAGGCCACAUCAGGUACUUCAAGCUGCUUGAAUUAAUAUUGAAAAAUAAACCAGUUAACCACUGCA